GAGAUGGGAACGACGUGCGGGAGGAUUUGGCUCUGGGAAAGCAAUCACAGGGAAGCAGAAGGGAUCACAUCCCAAUAAACUCUGCUGCGCUGGGCUCUAUUUGCUGAGUCUGAGCAUCCUCCGCAGCCGCAUGCUUUUAGCUCAGAGGAAGAUGCUGUGUCGCAGGAAUUGCAGAGACGCUGCCAAGGUGAGCUCACUAUCAAACGACUGCUGCAGGCCUUGGGGCAGGAGAGAGACGUGUGCCCGACACAGGCCUUGUGGACACACCUCCUAUAUGUGUGAUGAGUCAAUUUAAACAACUAGACAACCAAUGAGAAUUUUCUUCCAUGCACCAAACCAUGGCUGAACCUUCGAUUGCCCUCAUGUGGAUAUACCUGGCUACCUUAGUUUUUUUUGAACCUUCAGUUGCUUUUUCUAAAGUUGACAAUAUCACAAGUGCAAAACCUAUCAAUGAUCUAAUUGGGGAAAAUCAAAUGAAGAACUACUCUGGGAAACCUUCUAAGUUUGAAGUCCCGCAGGUUUUGAAUCUGAAGGAAAGUGGAGGAGAUCUGUCACAUACCAGAAUGUCUGGAGAAAGGUUUGGCAGUUACCUCCCAACAUCUGUACUUGGUCAUGGUGAGGAGCCAGUGGAAAAAACAGAGGAUCACAUAGAAAAUAGCUUCAAUGAAUUCUUGACUCAGGAUAAAAAAAAUAUGCUGAGUGCAGCUUCUAAUAAAGUUAGCCAAAUGGGCUCAGGGACUACUGUCAGGCCUGGUGCUGAGGAAGCACUAGUGGAACACACUCUUCUAAAGAGUCAACCAAGUAAAUCUGAAAUGUUGCAGCUCAUCUCGAAUUCUGAGAACUUCAACUUAGCCAGAGAGAGUUCUGAUAGAAGCAAACUCCCAUCAAUCAAGGAGAAGUUGUCACCUCACAGUCACGAAGAGUCCUUGCAAAUAGAGAAUGACAUUGAGCAUGACAAAGUACAAGAGCAGGGGAAAGAACUCCUUAGUACUGUCCACCCAACUGUUUCAACCAUAGCCUUAUCCAAGACCACACUGCCAUCAGGGCACAUCACUCAGAUACAGAAAUUGCAGAUUGAGAGCGGGGAAGACCAUUUAAGAAAAGCCCUACAAAAGAACACUUUUGAAGCUCAAGAUGACUAUCAUAGCCGUACCCUCCAGGUCACUUCGGAGGUCGUUAGACAAACCGUUCAAAAUAAUUUCCUGGAUAAUAAUUUAAUUCCAAGAGAGCAAGGUGUGCAUCCUUCAGAGAAAUAUGAUGCUGCAUACAGAACCACAGAGGGCUACACAUCCUUGCAGUUGGACAUUGGGCCAGGAGGCAAUGAGGUUGUCUCUGCAGAUAAAGAAUUAAAUUACAAAAGCAUGGAAUAUCACAAGGGUGGAAACACUAUCCUUGAGGAAUCCAAGUCAGAAAAUAAAACCGACUUUCCUCAUUUUUCUCCUGUUUUUCAAGAGAAACAAAUUACAGGUCAUGUUCCCCAUGGUAGUGAUAUUCCAACUUCAACCCCUGGAACUUCAGGUCAUCUUGUACCAUUAAGCCCAUCUUUUAAGAAUGAAUCAUCCACACUGAGGCCUUCUCUUAACAAGACCUCCCCAUUUGUUGCCUUUGAUCCAAGAAGCCAUUUUACUCUAGAAGCGAAAUCAAGAACCCAGACAGAACAGAUUCAGCCUACUUCCACUUUACCAAAAACCUCCAGGACUGAGAAUAAUAAUGAAGCAACCAAUGGAUUGAUUUCUUCUUCACAAGACAUACAACCAUCUUCUAUGCAACCUCAUGAAACUCCAACACCAGCAAUGCAAACGUUUGGCAAAAAUUCUGAAAAAUCUCAAGAGGGAAAUGGAAGCUCGUCACAGCCUGCCAAAGGAUCUGCAAGUACACAGAAAAGCCCUAUGGCAAGCAGUGCACCCCCUGGACUUCUAAUGUCUACUACUUGGAAGAUGUCAGUGACAAGGCAAAAAGCAGAUCUGGUGCCACAGACCCUUCAACCACAGAAAGGAGAUACCACUACACCACAUACUAUCAUGAAUGUUUCAAGAAGAACAGGGCGUCGUGGGGAAAUCAUUGUCACUACUCAACGGGCUGUUCAAAGACCACGCAUGAUGGAAAUUCCUACAAGUUCUCCACCUAAAAAGCCUACACUGGACACGCCAUUAUGCACCAAAACAGGAGGAGCAUGUGAAUAUCUAGGAUCCAACAAGACACUUCUAAAUUGGGAUGACUUGCAACGUACUCUGAGUUUUGCCUGGGAUAUGCACGUUUAUGGAACAGGAGCCCUCUUCAUUUUAUUAUCUAUCAUUGCCAUGGUCAAUCUCAUUGGAUCUUCAAUUGUUUGUGUGCCCUACCUUCCAUAUAUCAUAGCUUCGAAUGCACUCCUGUUUGUGAUUGGUAUCCUUAGAAGCGUGUUCUUUCUUUUAGAUCCUUACGGAACAAAAUCAAAGAUUUCUCAUGGACUUGCUUUGGUCCUUUACAAUGUAACAUUUCCUCUUAUGCUUUCUACAUUUGCCACCUUAGUCCUGCUGGUUAUAAAGAUUGCGUCCCUUCAGCUACUCCCCUCCAAGCUCCAAACCCUCCCUUUGCUUGGUUUUAUUGGAGUUAUUCAUUUUAUUAUUCUUUUGAGUGCAGACCUUCUUACUCACUUGUUGAACCCCUCUGUAAAUAUUGUCUUGCAGAUACUUUCAAUCUCCUGGGGCAUUUUCUUGAUGGUGGGAAAUUUUGUGGCUUAUUAUCGACUCAGAAGAAGUAGCAAAGAUAUAAUGAAUGAGAAUCAGAGAGUAUCACCAACAUGUGAAGACAUUGUGUCUAUGCAAACCCAAGAAAGGAAUAUGAGGUGCCUCUUCACAUCAUCUAGAGUCCUGCUAGUUAGCAGCAUUUUUGGGUUGCUAUGCUGUGGUUUGCAAGUAUAUGCUGUACUAUGGCUAUAUGGGUUACUUGGAAAAAAGAAUGAAUUCUCUUGGUCUUGGUGGUUUCUGCAGUUUUGGUUCCGGAUCUUCGAACUGGGCUUGUGUUUUUCAUUGCUCUUUGUGGCUUCACACAGCUUCUGCCAGCAGUGCAGUAGAAGUGACCAUACCUGCUGGUCCAAAAUAAUCAGCUAUUUCUGUACCUACAAAAAAACAGAGGUUGCAGAGUAUCCAAACAACUGCUAUGACUGGACAAACAGCAUUCAAGAAAGGGUAGUCAAUAACAACAUCUCUAAGAGCCUUAUCCGCAAUGAGCCAGAGAAUGUCCCUCUUAAAAUGCUGAAGGAAAACAAUGAAACCAAGUCUGGCUCUGUACUGUGCAACAACAGCGGCUCUGCUUCUCCUCUUUUCAAGCCAAAACCAGACGUUGUCUUCAGUCCAAAACACCAAAACAUGAUUAUUGGACGAUCAUACACAAGUAUUGGCUUUGAAAAGGAAUCUAUGCUAUCACUGACUGAUCUGGGAUUUCGCCCUCCUUCACCCAUAAAUCUGAGCAGAAGCAUAGAUGAGGCUUUAUUCAGGGAGCAUCUGGUCAGAGACAGCAUAUUUCUAGAUUCAAGUCUUCAGUAUCCAAGUUACCUAACCAGACAAGAAUCGUGUGCUUCUUUAAAGGAAUGCUCUGCUUUGAACCAGACAGUUGACCCACUGAUCUCAUCAGAUUUAAAAAUGAGAAGGUGCAGCAACCCUGAUUAUAUGUACAGCCUGGCCAGAUGUAGCUCGAUGACUGAAGUUGACUCACCAAGUGAGAGUGUACAGGAAAGUAAAGACCUUCCACGUGACAUAACAACAGAGAAUGUUGUCUCAGGUAGUUCCAUGGAUAGCGUCUCUAAAGGGUCAAUCAAAAUUAGCUGGAACCCAUGGCGCCAUGGGCUGUCCUCGGUGGAGAGUCUUCCGCUGGAGGAAGCACCAAGCACCCAGCUUCUAAAGCAAGGAUCCCAGCCCAGCAUCCGGUCAAAGGGCAGUGAACCUGAGAAGACAAUUGGAAAGAGGUUCAUUGAGAGAAGCCAGACAAUUGACUCAAAUAGUCUUGCUAGUGAUACCAUUGAACUAUGAAUAGUCCAGACUGUAGCAAUGGAAACCAGUGUAGACAUGACACUUUGCCAAUUUAUAGUUGAGGUUUCUCCCACUGAAUUCAAGUGUUGGCUGUGUUUUGUAGGUUUAUAAGUAAGCCAGUUUUAUAAUAACCACAGGUACAGGUUUAACCCUCCCUUCAGCUCUAUGGAUAUACAGACGUAUUAAGUAACAAGCACACCUUAUCUACAGUAGUAGGAGACAACACGUCCUUGUGUCUUUUUUUUUUUUACUGGACUCUUUGAUUUUCUAUGUAUAUUUUUUAAAACAGACUCCUAUUGCCAGAUGCAGGGCAUAGCAGCUGAUGCCUUUCUCUAAAGGAUAAACUCCAUGGCCAGACACAUUUCUCUGGUUGUAUUAUGGUGGGACAUUGCCUUGAAAACAAAUGCACUUCCAGGCAGACCAGUUAUAGACUGCUGCCUCCCCAGACAUUGUGGACUUCUAAUCUCCUAUAAGGCUAAUGUAUCAAAAAGCCUAAAAAACUGCAAGUGGUACUUUUAUAAAUAAGGUACGUGUUUCGCAAGUAAAGAAGAGCAGAUGCACUGGAUGUGUGCCGGUAGUUUCCUUGGCAACCACACGAGGCCUAAUGCAUCUUACUGCAAUGCAGACUCCGAGGCCAAAAAAGAAAGGUGUUUAACGUUGAACUGUGCUCCUUGACAAUCAGGCAAGGAAAAAAAGCGAUAAAGGCGCUAAAGCACACAGGCAGCAUAGAUAUAUGGAAAACAGGAUGCAGUCAGUGUGUUUGUAUGUAUGUAUGUAAAUGUGUAUAUAUUGCUUUAAAGGAGAACUAAACCCUCUUGCUAAUAAAAACCCCUACCCCAAUAGUCCCCCCUCCCUGCUCCCCCCGCACUGGUGUUAACACAAGUUAAUGCCCCUCAGCCGGUAUUUACCCCUCGUUGCAGAGGAGCUCAUGGACACCAUCUUCGGUAAUCUUCUGGUCUUCUCCUGUCGCUUCAGUAAUUUUCGUCAAUUUCAGUGCAUGCGCAGUUGUAACGAACCGAAAAAAUUCUCCAACUGCGCAUGCGCUGAUACAGUGCUUACUUACUGAAGAUUACAGAAGCACCGGAACAUGGCACUCGUUAGCUCUACUACGCUGACUUUGCAACGAGGGGUAAUUACCGGCUAGGGGUAUUUACUUGUGUUAACACCUUUGCGGGGGAGCAGGGAGUGGGGACUAUGGAAGGUAGGGUUUUUUUUAUUAGCAAUGGGGUUUAGUUCUCCUUUAAGAGUGGGGAUGCAUCAUGAUAAUCAUCUAUGUAUAUUCUAGGUUGUUUAAUAAAUCUAAAAAGUAUAAAUAUGCGGAAUUUGACAAGACAAUAAGCACUUCAGGAGCUACGCACUGGGACGGUGGAUACGGCACCUUAUUUGGGUAAUGCAAUAAAAGUCACAACCUCGGGCCAGUAACCUGCAGCAAACACCAGCAAGGUAGCAAUUAGUGGCCACUUGUUUGAAAACAAACAUCUGCUAUGGGUUACUAGACCUGGUGACUUUGAUCACAUGAGCCCUUCUGUUCCCGAAAUAACAACUGGUAAAGCAAAGCAGCUAUGAUGCCCAGUAAAGAGCUCCAUGGUAAAGCAAUACAAACAUAAAGUGGCUUUAUUCAGCAUUCAUUCCGGUGACAUAGGGUGCCAAAUUUUUUCCAGAUGCGGCAGCUGACUGUUCUCAUUACAAUUUGUAUGGCUAAGGUGCAAUUUAAAAGGAAGGAAGUGAUAAGCGGCAUCUAAAGGCCCAGGAGCAAUAUUUAGUAGCCUGCCUGCAAACUGUUCAAUGGACACAGCCUGCUGCAUAUUUAGAAACACUACAAAAAAAUAAAAAAGAUCUUGACUGUUCGAUUGCACUUACGGGAUCCUACAUCUCUGCAAAAUGUAUUUCAAAUAUUUUUAUUUGUGCUGUUUUGCUUCUGUAAUAUAUUGAUAAGAACUCUCACGUUGCUGGCUUAUGACUCCAUUUACAAAGAAACAUGCCCUACAGGGUUGACAAAAAUAUAAUAUUCCUGAUAUAAAAGUGCUGGCCUGCUCUGGAUUUAUAUAAUACAUAUAUAUAGGCCUGUUAAAAUUGUAAGCAUGCUUAAUAGAAUAUUGCCAGUUACCAAAGACAGGUUUAUAUCAGCACAGAACAAUAAAGUAUGUAGUGAUAUGUGGGUCGAGAAAGCCUCAACCCACACCCAGCCCUAAUCCGACCCCCGAGAACCCGCACCUGACCCUAAACCACAGCGAGCUCCUACUUAUAUACCUUCACCCAUACCACCCCGCUGUGACAUCACCAAAGGGGGCGGGGCACACUGGCGAGCGAGUAUAUAAAAAGGAAGAAGUGGGGCACUAGGACGCCGCGGUCUGCAAACAUUGUGUAACAAUCGCCCCAAACCCACCAAAACCGCAGGUCCCGUUGGCUUCGGGUCAGCCCACACAUCACUAUAAGUGUUAUUUACUAAAGUCUGAAUUUUUCUGAUUUAUUAAAUAUAAAAAGUCUGACCAAACUAGCAUCCGCAAUUUGCCCAUUUAUAUGAAUAAAAAAAAACUACAGAAAAAAAUCGGGAAAAACUGCAACUCUUUGGGGUUGUCGCGUGAAGAACCCGAAUUUUUCGUGUUUGACGCCCAAAAACCACGGAAAAAUUCAAGCUUUCACUGAAAACCCAGAAACCCAGGUUAAAACAUCUUCAAAUUGUUAAGGGGACAUCUGCCUCUUACGUUUACAUGAACUCAGCAGGUUUUAGAAGGAGUUUUCCCGGUUUUUGACGCGGCAAAACCCCACAUUUUUCGUGUUUGAUGCCCGAAAAAGUUUUCACUGAAACCGAGCGUCAAACCCCGGUAACUCUGAACAUUUCAUGAGGGUUAAAAACAUCUUCAAAAGGUUAAGGGGACAUCUGCCUCUGACUUUAGAGUUUUUUCAGUUUUGGACACGGAGCAGAUUCGGGGCAUAAUAAAUCGAGAAAAAAACGCAUCUUUUUGGACUGUAAUUUUUCCAGGUACACAGACACAUUUUAAAAAAUCACAACUUAAUAAAUAACACCCUAAAAGUAUGAUGACAGUAUAGUAAAAUCUCUAAACAUGAUUAUUAAAAAUACAAGAAAAGCGCAUACUUUGCGCACUAGACAUGUGCCUACUCUGCCCCUUGUUCCGGCCCUGAUUCCACAAUCCGAUCAAAAAUAAGCAGAUCUUCAUUAAGAGCACUUUUCCUUUUUAAAUAAGGUUCUCAACCAUUGCCACAGGUAUGGGAGUCAUUUAUCAACAUUGGCUAAAUGGCCAGUAACCCAUGGCAACCAAUCAAAUUGUUUCAUUCAUUGUUUUACCUGCAGCUGGCUCAGAAAAAGCCACUGAUUGGUUGCUGUGGGUUACUGCCCAUAAGCAAAUUUGCCCAGAUAAAUGAGCCCCAUUAGUGUAGCACUCUUGGGGGACAGUUAUGAUGUAGCAAUAUGUAGAUGCCUCCCAUUUACACAUGUGGUAGGUUCCCAACUACAGCAUAAACAUGUGGUAGGUUCCCAACUACAGCAUAAACUGGCAGAUAGGUAGUUAAUAAAAAAAUAAAAAAAAAGGUUGAACUCGAUGGACAUGUGUCUUUUUUCAACCUUACUUACUAUGUUACUAUGUUACUAUGUAUAAGGGACAUGGGCCAUACCCACUUCCUGCUUUCCAGUCAUCUGAUCAGUAUUUGGCAAGUCCCUCCUCAUUACAGUAGUGGCCCUAAGCAGCUUUAGUUUUUUAGGGCUAUUGAGUAAUACCACAAAAUGGCACCUGAGCUGGUGUGUUACAAACAGUCCCUAAUCUACUGUCUCCCCCCACUCUUAUAAAAAUGUGAAAUAUUCCAUUUUUUCUGACAUGCUUAUAAAUGUGAGGGAUUUAUCACCACUCCAGCCUGUAUAUAUUGUCUGUGUAUUACUGUGUAUAUAAGUAUGUAUACGUGCUCUUUUAUUGCACCAGCAAUCAUUCUGAGACAAGUUGGUAUCAUGGACAUUAUUGCUGAGUAUAUAAAUCCCUCCUCUGUUGGAGAGCCUGGUGCGGGAGCUGAAGGCAGCUGAAAUAUUAGGUCACAUGGCACAGGCCUCUGUGUGAAUCGUAGGGUUAAAGCUGUGACAAUCUGACAGAGCAGCCAUUUUGUGUGUGUGAAUGUAAGAACCUGCUCUUUUGAACGUGUACAUAACCCAGUGCUGAGGCCUGGUUGGUCAGCCAUACUGUGUGCCAAAUUACACGUGUAAAUAAAAUAUGACUCUAAAACACAA